GCAUUUUGCGCUCUCUCAAUUGUCUUUAGGUGAAAAGCAAAAAUUUAGCGCAACAUUUUUUAGUUUGCGGUUAAAUUUAAGCGGUAAAGCAUUAAAGUAUUUUCUGCACGCGGCCUUAUUUUAUUUAAAAAGAAUAUCCGGAUAAUAAUUACAAACUAAAAACAAGAAAAUUAUAAAAACGAAAACACAAUGACAUCAACGUCAACGAUUAAAAAAUUUACAAUCGUAUUUGGCUUCGUAUGUUCGCUCCUUGCCUUGGUGUUAAUUGCGUUCGGCGUUUAUGUGCUCUCUUCCUACAGAGUCAAUGAAGUCGGUUCUUUGGCCGCCUAUGCCUAUAUUUGUUUAGGUGUGACCACAAUUCUGAUAUCCUUGCUGGGAUUCGUUGGUGCGGCCCGGGAAAGCGUUUGCUGUACAGUUACAGUAUGUACGCAGGAAUGCCUAAAUUUUAUCACUUUUCUAUGGGUUUUGUUAAUCUGCCAAAUCGCAAUCACUUUCCUUUUGGUGAAAGGUGAACAAACGGCAGCAUCACAUCUCGCGAAUAAUUUGGAUGUGGCUUGGGAAGAAGAACUGAACAGCCCUGGAGCGAUGUCUCUGUAUGAGACUUGGCUCGGUUGUUGCGGUCGGGCCAGCCCACACGAUUAUAUAGUCAACGAUCGCAUGCCGCCAAUGACAUGCUUCAAGAAUGGCGAUAAUACGAAGAGUGAAAAUCUGAUCGGCACCGGCUGUCGCAUAAUGUUUGAGAACUACUGGCUGAUCUUGUUGCGUGCCUUCAAUGUAAUCGCUUGUGUGAUGAUUGCCUUGGAGUUAUUGGUUAGCGUGAUCUCGUGCUGCCUGUGCAAUAGCAUACGCAAUGAUCACCGGCGCUCCUAUUAUUAACCUGAUGAAGCGCCCAGUGUUGCCCAGCGUUAAUGUUUAUACGUAGCUGCUUGUUACUCUGCUAUUAUUAAACAAUAAUAUAAGAAUAAUUUUGAAAUCGAUGUCAGCUAAGUUGGUAAUAUUUAUUUUACCGACUCUUUUUGAAAAAUUUUGCAGCCAAAAAGUAAAAAUAUAUAUACGUAUAGUAUAUGUUUACGAAUUUUUUGUACAGCACACAAAAAUAAUACACGAACAAUAGUUUAUAAGCCUAAUUAUUUAUAUAAUUUAUUUAUGUAUUUAAGUUGCUUACUAUAUAAGCAGUUAAAUGAAAAACAUUUUUUUCGCUUUUUAAGUUCUUGUAUAUUUCACUCUAACUAACUGUGAAUAUGAAUUUGUCAAUUCUUUAUUUAUAUUAAAAAUACUACUAUAUUGUAUUAAAAUUACACAAAAAAUCGCUAUGAAAUGCAUAAAGCGAAAAACGAAUGUUGCUGCAGUUACAAUUUAUUACAUAAUAUUUGGUAGUCGAAAAAGUCCUUUCGUAUUUUGCCAAUGUCGUUGAAGUCGAAUAUUUAUCAAAAACAAAUUAUACCGCUAUAAAAGUGAAAUUAAUUUUAACCUAAAAAGUCAAAUUAAUGUGAACUCAAAAACAUGCUUUGAGCGUUAAAAAAUUAAAAAAAAAUUAUGUGCACUCAUACAUAUGUAUGUACAUAUAGUAUAUGUAUGAAACAAAAUUUCUCCUAAUUUAUUUUACUUUUACGAAUUAUUGCAUGCUUGUGUGUUUAAUUCACACCUUUAUGUAUAAAUAAAUUGUACAAAUGUAUGAAUUAGUUUUCUUAUUAGCUUUUUUGUAUGGAGAAUUUGAAAAUCUGCUUGAAAUUAAUAAAAUCUGGCACGAUCGGAACUCGCAGCAAACACACGUUUAGGCGCACAGUGGUACCAGGUUGAUUAAAAUUGGAAAAGUAUGGUUUUGAAUGCAAGACAAAAUUAACAAAAUAUAUAUUUAUGACGCCAAUAACGCAAAAGAGUAUUUUAGAUAAAUAUAAUAAAAAUUAUGCAAGUAAAAUUUAAUAAAGUAUUAUAAAAAAAUUGUGUAUGAAAUAAAAAAAUAAAAAUUGGCAGCUAUUUUAUGCAAAAAGUAUUUCGAAAGAGAUAAAAAAAAAUCCGUCAUAGUGAGUAUUUAAUUUUCAGUAUUUUCAAAUUUUAUACAUAUAUUUUUAAACUUUUUAUUUCAAAAUUACUUUUGAAUUUUUUUGAAUUUGAAUUUUAUGGGAACAAAAUUUCCAUCUUAGUGAGUAUUUUAUUUUCAGUAAUUUCAGAUUUUAUAAAAACUUUUGUAGACAUAAGUAUUUUUUUUAAAUUUUUUUAGUUCGAAAUAAUUUUUAAUUUUUUUAACAAUUUUUAGUUCGUAUUUUUUUUAGAAUUUUUUGUAUAUAUAUAUUUGAGUUUUUUAUUCGAAUCGUACAUAUUUGGUAUUGGUAUUUUUAAUAUUUUCGUACAAUAUUUUUCUGAGGAAGCUUUUUGUUGGCGAGACUCGAGUUUAUAAUACAUUUAUUUUAAAUUUAAUUAAUUUAAAUUUAAUUAAUUAUAAAAUUUAAUUAACUAUAAUUUUAAUUACACCAGUCAUUUAGCGACUCUGAUGUUAGAGACCGUUUCUUGCUAUUUUUGGCUUGCUUAAACCGAAAAUUAUAGUAAAAAUUUCCUAACACGUUACUUGUUUUUUGUUCUGGUCAGGAAGGGUAAGAGUCAAACCACCUUCAUUUACUAAAAUGACAAAAAUAACUGUAAGUGAUGGAAAUUUUUUUAACUUAAAUUGAUAAUCAGGACACCUUUCGAGUAUUUUUCGAGUAACACGCGAUGAAUGAAAGAGCUAGAGAAGGCCACCAACUACACAAUGACUUAAAAAUUAAAAACUGACGGAUUGACGAUGUUUCAAAACAAAAGUUGCAUUUCACAUGUUUUUGGCCUUUUAAGAUUCGAUUUUUUAUCUGAUCAGUAUGGAAAGCUAUAUACGAAACAUGCAGAAAAAUUUCUUUGUGAUUGUGUGACCGAAGAUCAUAUCUUGCCUCCGAGUAAUCACUCUUACAAAUUUUUUAAAAAUGUAGUUUUGAGAAAAAAGCUUUUAAAGAAGAACUGAUGGAGCUGUUCAACUGAGACGUUAAAAGUUUGAAGCUUGUAACUCAAAAAUAUUUAUUUUAGAAUUGAAUUUAAAAUUUUAGUAUACUAUAUGUAAAAGGUAUAAGCUAUGAAAUUAUGAAGAAAUCGUUUUUUUUUUUUAAUUUCACACUAGGUGUGUCGCCCUAAAUGAGAAAUGAAAACCUUGAAAACUAAUUUAGCACGAAAAAUAAAAAUAUUUUUUUUGCAUUACCUUCAGAAUGCAAAAUAUUCAGAGCUUCAAAUGUAUCCAAGCUAACAUUGCUGUACAAUUCUUAUUUUCUGUAAUUUUAGCCAGAUUUUAACGUUUGCGUAACCACUGUGCGACUGAAUGAAAACCAAUGAAUAUUGAAGUAAUCGAAAAAUGAUAUGCAAUGCAGACUUUAUUUGCAUUCUUUUGAGGUUAUGGCAGUACAGAUAAUGAAAAUAAUUCAGUUACAUUUUUUAAAUUCCAUAACCUCAAAAACAAACAAAUAAAAUAUACAAUGCAUAUCAUGCAAGUAUUUAACAAAAAUGUGUUUGGAAAAUAUUCACAUUGUGUCGGCUAUUUAUUUCAUUCAUUCGAAAAAUAUCGGUUUAUAUGCGGCUAUAAGCGUACUAUACACACUAUACAAACUUAACACGUACGCAAACGCAUUUAGUGCCUCUUACAUUAGUGCCUCAGCUGAAUAUAAUAUAUGUCCUUAUCAACACUGAAGUAAAUGUGGAAAUUGUUAAAAAGUAUGCAAACACUAUAUAGGAGGUGUCUCAUGUUGCUAAAUAUAAUAUAAAUACGAUUGAAUAUGUUGGCGUUCAAAAGUAGUAUAAUAAAAAAUAUAUUAUUAAAGCACAAACUGUUGUGAUUAUGUAAUGACUAAUGUAAUAUAAGAUAUACAUAUAUGUAUGUCUGCUAAAAUGUUUAUAUGAAUGUAUUUAUAUCUAUAUAUAACGCAACGAUUUGCUAAAAACUUUUAUGAAAACUACCAGUGCAUUUAAUUAAGAAUUUAUUAAAAAAAAACUAAUUUAUAUUGCGAGAAUUUUUUAUGAAAAAAGCAAAUUGAAAAAAUUACUCAAAUAUCUAUGUGCCAGGCCGACGACUUUUCAAUUGUCACUGUCAAAACAAAACUGUAAUAAAAAUUGAAAAAUAAUAAAUUUUAAUUAUUUUAGCUGCAACUAAAACAGACGAACUUUAAUUGCCAAAUGUUGUUGCAAACAAAAUCGCGAUUUUUUAUAACAAAUUAAACGAUGUUGAUACUCAAGUGCUUUUCAUAGAAUUAAGAUUUUUGGCAUGUUCUGAGAGUAAGGGUCCACACAAAUGAUCUGUUGUUUGACUAGUGAAUAAAACCGGAGCUGGGUUCAGCAGCGUACAAACACAUUUUACCACAUAUAAUCUAUAUAGUAUACUCGUAUUAUAUAAUAAAGUAAAGUUCCGAAAGAGAUACAAACUUCAUAUGCUAUUGUAAAAAAUUUUAAUGAUUAGAUGUGCCUUGAAAUUACAACAUGACAUUAAUCCGCACUGCGCUGAAGUGUGUAGAGACCAUUGGAAAUAUAAGUUUACAUGUAGACAGGAAUAAUGACAAAAAUAUGAACACAAUAUAUAUGACACAAAUCCAUUCGUUUUAUAAAACAUA